UUCUAAUGAUUCAAGUCUCCAUUUCCUUUCCCCUGUUCAAACCGCCCAUUUCUUCAUCUCCAAAACCAUAAACAUCAACACACAAUCUUUCUCUCUCUCUCUCUCUAAAUCCUCUCUCUCUCUUAACAUUUUCUUCCAUUGAUUCUUUCUUCCAUCCUCAAUCCCCAUCCGCUCCCUCAAAGCCCCACUGCUCUCUGAGUUUUCAAGAAACAGAGCAUUCAACAAUGGCGGCCAACAAGUUCGCGACCAUGUUACACAGGAACACUAACAAGAUCACCAUGAUUCUCAUCUACGCAGUCUUGGAGUGGACUCUGAUAUGUCUUCUCCUUCUAAAUUCCCUCUUUUCCUACUCGAUCGUCAAGUUUGCUGAGUAUUUUGGGCUGAAACCGCCCUGUUUCUGGUGCUGCAGGGGGGAGAAAAGCAGGAAUCUCCUGUGUGAAUCUCAUUCUAGAGAGAUUUCGAAAUUAGGGUUCUGUGAGACUCACCGGAGGUUGGUUGAAUCGAAGGCUAUGUGUGGGGAUUGCUCUGAAUCUAUGGAGGAUUUUCAGGGUUUUAGGCUGAUUCCUUGGAUGAAAGAAGUGGAGAAUGGGGAAAAGUGUUCUUGUUGUGGUGUGGGUUUGGAAGGGACCACUUUUGGGUCUCCUUAUAUUGUGAUAAAAUCUUCAUGGGAUCAGUUGAUGAUCAAAGGGGCAGAGGUUGAUGAGGGAGAUCAUGGGGAGAAGGGGGAGAAUUCUGAGGAAAAAUGGUCUGAUUUUGAGGUUGCCAGGUGGGAAAAUGAAGAUCAAGUUGGGAUUUUUGAUGAAAAAGAAGGGAAAGAAGAUUUGGUUCUUGAAAAUGCAGUUUUGGAGGAUAAUAAUUCAGAGAGGGUAAUGAAAGAUCAGGGAGUUCAAGUUGAAUUUUCAGUGGAAUCUCUCCCUAAACACCUUGAAUUCUUCAUAGAUUGCAGUGGGAAUGGGCUGGUUCCUAUUGAACUCAUAGAUUCCAUGGCUGAAACUGAGGAGGAGACUAAAGAUCCUAAAGAAGCAAAUUUGGAUGAAAAGUUGGAAAAAUCUGGGGAGGAACACAAAUUUUCAGUGUUUGAGUCUAUGGAGAUUGAAGAGGAUGAGAAUUCUUUGGUUUUUUAUGCUAAGGAUUGCUUCUCAGAAAGAGAGGGUUUUGCACAGUUUUCCAAAUCUGACAAUGAACUUCAAAUCUUGGGUUCAGAAGAACAGCAAGAUAAAGUUUCUGAAGAAUAUUCUCAAAUGCAAAUAAACGAAACCGAAGCAGAAGUCUCAAUAGGGACAGAGAUUCCUGAUUUGGAUAUUGCAGAUGAUCUCCAUUGCUCCAAUGAAGACCCUUCCACUAGUUCCACAAAUUUCAUUGAAGUUGAAGAUCAUGGUUGUAAACAAGAUGAAGAACAAACUAUAGAGUUAAGAUCUUUGUCUGUUGAUUUGAAUGAGAAUGCAAUGAGCUUAAACGAGGCCGAAGAAACGAUAGAGUUAAGAGCUUUGUCUGUUGAUUUGAACGAGAAUGCAAUGAGCUUAAACGAGGCCGAGGAAGAGAAAGUUCCUGAUACACCGAGUUCUGUAGAUAGUCUCCAUCGCUUGCAUAGGAAACUCCUACUUCUCGAGAAGAAGGAUUCUGCGAGCGAGGAGUCGUUGGAUGGGAGUGUGAUAGGUGAUUUAGAUGGUUUGGAUCCAGUUUCGACGAUUGAGCGAUUGAAAACAGCGCUGAAAUCUGAAAGGAAGGCGCUGCACGCUGUGUACACUGAGCUGGAAGAGGAGAGGAGUGCUUCUGCGGUGGCAGCUAAUCAGACGAUGGCGAUGAUAAACCGGCUUCAAGAAGAGAAGGCUGCAAUGCAGAUGGAGGCUCUUCAGUAUCAGAGGAUGAUGGACGAGCAAUCGGAGUAUGACCAAGAGGCGUUGCAGCUGCUAAACGAGCUUAUGGUGAAGCGGGAGAAAGAAAGGCAGGAGCUCGAGAAAGAAUUGGAGGUGUAUAGGAAAAGGGUGUUGGAGUUUGAGGCUAAAGAGAAGGUUGCGGUGUUGAAAAGAAGUAAAGACGGGAGUGCUAGAAGUGCGUUUUCCUCGGCUUCUUGUAGUAAUGGUGAGGAGGAUAGCGAUGGGUUGUCUAUCGAUCUUAAUCAAGAAGCUAAAGAAGAUGAGAGCUUUUAUGCACAUCAAGAAUCCACACCUGCUGAUGAAGUUCUGAAUUUCGAGGAUUCCUUGGCUGAUUUCGAGGGCGAGAGGAUGGCUAUUCUCGAACAGCUCAAAGUCUUGGAGGAAAAGCUAAUCACCAUGGAUUACGAGGAAGUCGGGGAAAUGGAGGAUUUGAAAGCGGGGGAGAUCAAUGGCCAUUCCAAUGGCCACGCGAAUGGUUUUGCUAAAGAAACGAAUGGCAAACACCAAAUUUUAAGUUCAAUGGGGAAGAGUCUCCUCCCUCUCUUCGACGAUGCCAUUAGUGACGAAAAUGGAGACGUUGCACUACACGAGAACGGCUUCUACUCAAACGGUGUGCACCACGAUUCAGACAUCACGGGAGACUAUGAUUUGCAAAACAACAAGAGGGUUGCUCUCGAAGAGGAAUUGGAUUGCCUGCACGAAAGGCUACAAGCCCUAGAGGCCGAUAGGGAGUUCCUAAAGCACUGCAUUAGCUCGUUGAAGAAAGGCGAUAAGGGCAUGGAUCUCCUUCAAGAGAUUCUUCAACACCUUCGCGAUCUAAGAAAUGUAGACCUUCGCGUGAGAAACUUAAGCGACGGUUGCCUAGUAUGACACCUUCGUUCGACCAUUGCAUCGAGAAGAUUAUACCGACUAUAAUCUGAGAGGUGAUAUGGCAGCAAUGCAGUGAAAAUAUAAUGCCAAUGUGAUGAUGAAAUGGGAAUAAUCAUGUAACAUUAUUCUGCAUACCAAAGGACAUGAAGGGAGAAUGGGGCUCCUAGAUGUGAAAAGUCCUUUUAGUCCUCUUGGCAGACAACAAACUAAGGUCUUGCCAAACUUUUGUUUUUCUCAUGCUUUUGAUGGUCAUUUGUUGUCAAAAAAAAAAAGAGGUUUAAAACCCAAUUAUUUUUUUCUUUGUUGGGGUUGGGCCCAUCACCACCCUCCUUUUGAGGAUAAAAGGAGAAUGAUGAAUGGUAUGUGUGUUGUAGUGUAGUGAGGGUGAAUCCACCCUGUCUCUUUUGUAUGUUGCAUUGUGAGAGAGUAAAUUAGGGCUUAGAAUUAGUCUUUUUUUUUUUAGGGUUUUAAAAAUUUUGAGGGUGGGAGGGUUAGGGCAAGAAAGGGGGUAAGCAACUUCCUUUUCCUCUCCCUAUUUUCGGGACAGUUACGACUUACGAAGGUUAUCAGGAAAAGCUGGAGUCGAAGUCCUAUUUUCGGGGCAGUUACGAAGGUUAUCAGGAAAAGCGGGAGUCGAAGUUCAGAUCUUAUCGCUCUCUCGGGGUUUUCCUAUGUCACAUUCUGCAUCAUUUCAUCUUAUGAUGUCUGUUUAUUACUUUUGGUACAAGGCCAAGCUGUUCAUGAGUUGUAUACUAUAGUACUACAUUGUAUCCUUUUGUAUAUAUAAAGUUGAGUGUUUUGUUUAUAUAUAGCAGUACUGGUUUUUUUGGAGUC